AUGUAUGGAUAAGACACUCCCUUGUCUCAGAAGAGCAGCAAUAUAUCAUCGGCACCCUGCUGCAUGUUGUCACUGGCCAUGUUUGAGGUUUGGCUGCAGAGGACAAAACAUCGGGCUCUGGUGGAGGAACUCAUUCAGGUGGUCUGGCAGCUUUUCCAGGUUUCACUCUGAAGAAUGGAAGGUCUCUACUUUAACAGCAGCUCACAGAACCAAAGCUAUGGUUACAGCAACACCACCUUCAAAUACCAUAUUGACCCAAUAGAAGUGGUGACAUACAUAGUCGUUGCUGUCGGCCUUCCUCUGACCCUGGUGGCCAUCUAUGCUCUUUAUUCUAUGGUGAGAAGUGAUCAUGUUGCUCCCAUCUACGUCAUCAACCUUCUCAUUUCUGACCUGAUUCAGUUCUGCUACAUGAUCGUUGAGGUGGUACCAAAUGUGGAUUGGAAUAUAAAGAUAAUCUUCUUAUUUAUUUACCUCUCUGCUCUGUUUACCAGUAUUUGCUUCAUGGUCUGCAUCGCCCUGGAAAGGUAUUUGGUCAUCGCCCACCCGCUGUGGUACCGCUUCAGACGAACCAUCAAGUCCUCUGUGGUGAUCUGUGUCCUGGUCUGGGUCCUUUCUGGUGUCUGUGCUGUCUGUGUCUAUUUCACUGAUGACACAUACAUACUCUUUGCCGCCCUCCUCUUCCUCCUUCCCUUCCCUCUGUUAAUCUUCUUCCUGGUUGGGACCCUCAAAGCCCUGUCUGCUACCAUCUCGGUCCCCUCUGAUGAAAAACGACGAAUUGUGGGAAUUUUGGUUCUGGUGCUGCUUAUUUACACUCUGCUGUUCCUGCCCACCAUCAUUUGGUUCUUGAAAGAAUACACUGACGGAUUGGUAGACUUCAGACUCAUCCUUCUGUCUCUAACAUUUCUUAGGUUCAGUCCUCUUGCAGACUUGUUCCUGUAUGUCUUCAUGAGGAAAGGGUUCAUAGACAAGCUUUUGGCCUCCCCUUACGAAAAAUAA